GAGGGCGGGCGGUGAGAAACUAAAGCAUAGAAAGUCUCAUUGCAGUAAAAGCGGGAGAAAUAAGCCUGAGCAUGCACAGCAGACAGAGCAUGAGCCCCUGUCUGCGAAAGCAGUGCCUUCGCCUGGCCUUCUUUCUCCUCCAUCUCCUGGGCCAGGCCGCUGCGACUCAGCGUUGUCCUUCCCCGUGCCCGGGCCGGUGCCCCGCAGUGCCGCCGUCAUGCGCCCCCGGGGUUCCCGCCGUGCUGGACGGCUGCUCCUGUUGCCUGGUGUGCGCCCGCCAGCGCGGCGAGAGCUGCUCGGAGCUGGAGCCGUGCGAGGAGAGCAGCGGUCUCUACUGCGACCGCAGCGCGGACCCCCGUGCCCAAACUGGCAUCUGCAUGGUGCUAGAAGGAGACAACUGUGUGUUCGAUGGGGUCAUUUACCGGAGUGGAGAGACCUUCCAGCCCAGCUGCAAAUACCAGUGCGCCUGCAGGGACGGGCAGAUUGGCUGCGUGCCACGCUGCAACCACGACCUGCUACUGCCGCGACCUGACUGCCCAGCUCCUCGGAAAGUUGAGGUGCCGGGAGAGUGCUGUGAAAAGUGGGUCUGUGACCCGGAUGAGGAGGGGGCGUUGGGAGGCCUCGCCCUACCAGCCUACAGACCGGAAGCCACCCUAGGAGUUGAAGUCUCUGACUCCAGUGUCAACUGCAUCGAGCAGACAACAGAGUGGAGUGCAUGUUCCCGGAGCUGUGGCAUGGGUUUCUCCACUCGGGUCACCAACAGGAAUCAUCAGUGUGAGAUGGUGAAGCAGAGUCGGCUGUGCAUGGUGCGGCCCUGUGAGCAAGAGCCGGAGCAGCCGGCAGACAAGAAAGGAAAAAAGUGUCUCCGCACCAAGAAGUCACUCAAAGCCAUCCAUCUGCAGUUCAAGAAUUGUACCAGCCUGCACACCUACAAACCCAGGUUCUGUGGAGUCUGCAGCGAUGGCCGCUGCUGCACACCCCACAACACUAAAACCGUCCACGUGGAAUUCCAGUGCUCCCCAGGGCAAAUCAUCAAGAAACCAGUAAUGGUCAUCGGGACAUGUGCCUGUCACACCAACUGUCCUCAGAACAAUGAGGCCUUCCUCCAGGAGCUGGAGCUGAAGACCAGUGGAGGGGAAAUGUAACACGUGUCCCUGGAGGAGCACACCUGCAGAGGCAAACUGCAGCUGCUGCAUGACGCAUCAUCAAAGGAAUAUAAGAAAAAUAACGAAGAGUCAUCAUUUCAUCCCUGAGUCCUAGGUAUCAUAUUGUCUGAAGUCAUUUGAGGUCAUUUAUGUCUUUUUCUUUUUUUCUUUUUUUUUUUUUUUGACGAACGAUAGGAUUAACCGUAGACUUGGAAUGAGCAUAAGCUCAGGAUAGAGCUUAGGGAUGACUUUUCUCUGGUGUUUUUAACAAAUGCAAAUUUCUAUAAAUUUAAGAAAUCAGAUAUAUGUUUCACUUUGUAGACUAUAUGACAUUACACUCGUUUUAUUUGUUGUAAGCUAGUGCAAUUCCAAGAAAAUAUCACUGUAAAUGACACAGCGGAGUCCAAGAGCAUGAUGAACAUGCUUUCAAACAAAUAUUUCACUGUACAUUGGGGUUUGAUUUCAGGAUUCUCUGUUGAGCUCCCUUUGUGGGUAGCUCAACUUUGAACUUGCAAGUCCAAGAUCCAAGGUAAUGUGUAGCUAUUCAACUUGAAAUCCAGAGACUAUUAAUUUUAUGCUUUAUUUGUGCACUAGGAAACGUGCUGUAUUUACGGUAAGGAAAUGUUUGUUAAUGAGGUGGACUGGUGUCACAAACUCUCCAUUUCAGACAAAUUGACACCUUUCCGAUAGAAAGAAGCUGAACAGAGUACUCUCCCUAACAUAGCCAUGACUGGCCCUGAUAGCCCUCAUGCAUUUGUAUGUGUUGGAGACUGCUGGGGUUCUCCUUUUUUUUUUUUUAUUUCUGUGGGUCAGCACAUAUUUUCAGGCAUCUCCUGAUCUUAAUGAUGAGGAAACUAAGGCCCAAAGCACCUAAACGAAUCAAAGUCUUGCUUACAACCUCUGAUGCCUUUCAAAUGGCCUUUAAUGGGAGUUUGACUAAGAAUAACAAGCACUUGUGCUGAGAUACUGCAAAUUUUAUGAGAGUUUAGAAUUAUUGUAGACAUGCCCAAAACUGAUCCUUGGGCCUUAAUUAUGAAAACCUGCAAUCAAGAUAUAUGUGAACGCACUUGUCUAAUUUGUUAGGCUACAAGAUAGGCUACAAAAUUAAAUCCAUACCUUCUUCUAUGGCAGCAUCUGUGUUCAGCUUUUCUCCUUGAAAGUAUUUAUAUAAAUAUAAAUUGUACAUUUUGUAAAAUACUCUUUUUAACUACCAUACUUGUCGGACAUCACUAAAUAAACGUGAUCUCAUCAAUGCGUGAUUCUGCUAUUACUUUUGUGCUUAUAGUUUUAACGCAAUUUUUAUUGAAAAUAAAAAUAAAAUAGAAAUGUAUGGACUACG